AUGGCCCAACUCCAAAUAGACGCCCAACUCCUCACGGAAGCAGCGAACAAAACUGUUCUCAUCACCGGCGCAGCCCGCGGCAUCGGCGCCGCAACAGCGCGACUAUUCAACCAGCAUGGAGCGAACGUCGUGAUAGCAGACCUUGCUCAAUUCCGCGAUGUAGCAGAUCAAUCGAUCGACCAAUUUGAGUACCCGGACCGUGCAAUCUUCGUGCCGGGCAAUAUUAUCGACUGGGCGCAGCUGACGGCUUGCUUCAAGACAGCCAUAAAUCGAUUUGGCGGGAUUGAUAUCGUCGUUGCGAAUGCGGGAAUCAUGGAAUCAGAACCCGUCUUGGACCUAAUCCCCAAUGAGAAUGGGGACUUGGAAGAGAAUGAAGAAGCCGAAAGGGUUAUUAAUGUUAAUUUGAAGGGAACUUUGAACAGUAUUCCAUCUCUCAUUCCUCCCAUUCUAUGA